UCGCUGAUAUGUUUGGCGAUGAAGAUUUGGAGGAUGUGCUGGAUCCAAAUGCGAUAUGGCUCAAGGAAACGAACCAACAACGAGACUUGAACCAAUUGCCGCCGGAAGUAACUAUCCUUCAUUAUCAAUUUUUGCAGAUUCUGCUAUAAACAAAAAAGAACUGUUGUGAUAAAUCUUUUUCGAAAAUACUCCUUUCAUCUAAGUUGUACUCGUCAUGGUGAUCGUUCUUUAUCUUUUUACGUGGUACAAACAACCUACCUAAACCUAUCCUGCACCUACAAACAUAGGAACGACGCCAGCGCGAGCUGGAGAUGCGUGGCUUGAGGAAGGAGGAGGCAGAGCAGGUAGCUUUGGAACGGAAGACGGAGUACGUAGCAGAGGAGCUCCGCGUUGCCUAUCAAGGCGAUGUGGAUCACAUCUUGCGGGAAAGCAACAAGCCAGAACGCAUGACAUGGCGUUAUCGCAGAAGAUACGAAGAGGGGUACAUGCGAACCGUGCAGACCUUGAUAGCCGAGCGAACGCAGGAACUCGGUGGUCGGGAUGCAGUAAUCCAGCGGAAUGAAAAGCUGAUCAGUGCGGGUGAUAUCAAGAUGCGAGCUGAGAGGGAGUUGUGGAACGCGCAUACUCAAGCGGAAAUCAAAAGGGAGGCACAGUGGAUCCUUCUGCAGCCGUACGUGAAGCCAGACGGAUCAGCGCAAAACCAAGACGAGCAAGGCAGUCGUGACAUAGAAACACUGAGGAACUACAUUAUGGAUGGCUUUUUCGUCAUUAGUAGUCAAUACUCAUACAUCAAGGGGAACAACGCUCAAUACUAUUAUGGUGACCGUGACGACAACAAGACAAUACUUAUAAUUUCGACUUACAACAACCACUUUUUUGUGACAGAGAAAAGCUGUACAAUUCUCUAAUUUAUUGUCUUGAAAACUUCUAACUAUCUUCAAGAGUCGACUUUAUUUGAAGAUGAAAUAAAUGAAAAUUAUACCACCAAAAUCCAGUAGUUCUUUUAUCCCUCCUACUUGUAGUACUUCUUUUCUCUAAUCCCUUGUUGCGUAAGAGUGAGAUGAGGC